ACCGCCAUUUUAUCUCAACCAUCAUGGUCAUCAUUGGCUGUCUUUUCAGCGUUUUAUAAUUUUACCAGUUUUUACCCAAUUCAGUUGAAAAACCAAGCUCACAAUUCAUUAUCAUGUUUGUGUCCCUGUGUAAUAAAUGUUAUACAAAAACCCACCAACACCACAGUUUACUCAAAUAUUGUUUAACUCGCUCGGUCAACCAAGCAAAUUAAUUAGUUGAUUAACGAUUGAACGGAUAUCCUGCUAUAACCACCGACUAAAAAAUGUUAGAACAAACAUUUUUUUCUUCUCCUUCUCUUUAAAAUAUUGCUUUUUUGGUUCCUUUUUUUUUUGUUUUCACCGAUUUACAUUUUAUCAACUAAAUCAUGUUACUCGGUAAAUCGCAAGCUAAACCUUUUAAAUCAAUCAACUCACGUCUCGCGGUUAAUUCAAUGACAACCACCGGAUUGCCUACUUCGUUACAUUGUUUUAACCAAGGUUUGCUGACUGACAAUGCAAAAGUGUAACUCAUUCACCAACUGUACAUUUUGCUAUUACCAUAAUCAAAUUCAUAAUCUUUAUUUCCAUUUUUCGACUAUUCAUAACUGUUGUGAAAUCUGGAUUAUUUAAUCAUGCUUAACCUUGUUCGAUAUUUCAUUUUUCACAACCAAUCGACAUUUGCUUUGAUCGAAAUAGAUCAAGAUAAUCUUUAUUUUUGUAUCAAAAGUCCUUAGUUUUGUAUCAUUCAACACAUCCCGUUUGGCUUUUCCCAGCUCUAAUUUUCCUCCAAAAAUUGUUUUAAUUUAGUGUAAUAUUCCUCUAAAUUGCUAUUUAGUCUUCAUCAUGAGGAAAUAGGACUAACCAACUCGAUUCGAACUUGAAUCAAGUGUUUCUACAGAUUUAAUUGUAUUUUUUAUUUCGAUUAGUCCGAUUGUCCAUUAUCCGCAAAACCAAUUGUUCCACUAAUUGUAGCUGCAAUCUGAAAAAAUGACUAAAACUUUUAUAUGCAAUAAAUUGAAACAUCAUCGAAUUUCUCGAAUGAUUUUAUAAACAUUAGAAGACAAAAGUGUUCAGAGAAUUUGAAUUUCAGCUUAUUUUACUCGAAAAGUUACCUUUACCACUUUAAAUUCACAGAGAGAGAUUUCCCUUGUAUUCAAAGAGACCUAGCAAGUUACGUUUGCGCUGAAAUAUAAUAAUAAUCAUCUCAAUUUCAUUUCAAUAAUAUAAUAAUAUGAGCAUUUCGGGAAAGUCCUGAAUUCUAGAUUAUGACUAAACUACAACGCGACAUCAAAUACUUAAACCGUAUUCCUCGAGUUUAACCCUGAAUGGCUGAAUAACUCGGUUAUUCACUCAUUAGUGCAAAGAGCGUUACAAAGAGCGGUGAAAAUCACCUACAUUUGGAUAAAUAGUCACAUUUUGUGUUGUGUUAUUUAACCGUCUACACUGACAAAGGCUGUUUAUUUUGUAUGUUCAUCAUUUUCAACAAUCAACUUUUGUGCAGAAAAAUUAUUUUGAGUAACUGCCAAGUUACGUUACUGACAGUGAGUUCAGUAAGAAAUGGUCAGAAAAUUGCCAAGGCUUACUUCGUUGAUAUGGGCCACAUUAAAAUAUUUACAAGUCUAUAAGAGCAUUUUCGAUCUAAUUCCAUAACUCAACCUUCUCUAUCAAAUGAAAUUUGUCUAUUGAGAUCGGCCUAUUGAGGAACCUCGCGCGUUUCCCUUGUAAGCCAAUGAUCUUGGAACUCUCUUUUUCAUGUUUGUUAACUUAUCAAUACUAUAAUAAAUGGACAAUUACCUUUCGAUUCUCAACUUCCGAGUUGAUCUAUUAAUAGCAAGCUCUUAAUUUCAUUGUUUCACUGUAUCUUAUGAUGGAACAAUCAAGAAAACAUUGAUCUUUAUUUUAAAUAUUUUUGCUUCCUUUAAGUUCUUUCUGUAUUAUUCAAUUUGUCUUUCAAUCGGAAAUAGUUGUAUUAACUGGUUAACCUUCGCUUUCUGCAGUUGAAUUGCACCAACCCACUUUAACUCAACCUCUUUCGUCUUUACCAGAUACAAAUCAACUGUUAAUGGUUUUGAACUAAUUUUUUACUUACCGUGUUUGCCGUAGUUCCAAUGAUGAUUUGUUUUUUGUGUCGACGAAAUGCAAUGUUUACCUUUGGAAAACUCACCUAAAUUCAUCGUCUGCCACACAAAUCAUUUUCCCCAGAUUCCUGUGCUUAUUUCCUUAUGCAAUGUGAAAGUUGAAGCUAUUCUUGUAUUUUAACCUAAAUUUUGCUUUAGUUCAUUAAUUUCAACUCUUCAUUUACAGCAAUUUCUUCCAUAUUUUGUAUCAGUGAAUCUCAUUUCAAUAAAAAAUCGCAUAAUUACUCUACAGCAAUAAGCUCAAGAGUUUCCUAUCAUGUAUGCAAUUCAGUUCCUACAAUUUCUGUCUCUUUGUGUUUUAAUAUUGUCUAAAAAUUAUAUAAAUUCAACGAGUGAAUCAACAGUGCCAUCAUCAUUGGAAACCUUCCCUGACUCUUCAAAUGACUCCAUUACAACUUUCAACUUGACGCCAACAAAUUAUACAUUAGAGCAAAUAAUUAAACAAAUUAAUGAUUCGAAUAAUGUAAAGGAAACUCUUAAUGGUCAAGAACAGGUACAAAAUCCAUCUAUCAAAUCAAGAUACUCAAAUGGCCAUCCAUUGAUUGAACCGGUUGCUAAUAUUUUUCGUGAUCCUGGUACCAUUUUUGGUAAAAUGCAAAAGACUGAAGCUUUUGGGGAUAACAGCAAGCCAUUUUCAACUGCGAGAUCAUUAAGCCAAUAUGAUUAUGACGAUGAAGAUGAAGAUGAACCUAUUUCUCGAGACAAUGAGCCUAGUCAAGGUUCAAAAGGAAAAUUCGAGGCUGACAAAAGAGAACAAAAAGAAGAUUCUUUGCCCAUCCAAAGUGAAUACGACUACGAUGACGAUGGAAGUGAUGACAAAGAUGAAGAAGAAGGUGAUGACGAAGAGAUAGAAAACGAAACGCCAUCUAACCAAACAACUUCCCUCAGUAAGCCAUCACCUAAUCAGCCCAAGCUCAACGUUAAUGCCAACACCAAUGUCAAUCCAAACAUUGGUGAACAGUUUAAGGAGCGCAACGGAAGGAAUUAUUAUCCAGUUUCAAGACGAAAUUCGGGUCUUUCAUCUCAACCAGAAUCUCCCAUAUCGACGGACAAUCUUUCAAUUAACAAAUUCCCAUCAACAGACUCUUCAAGACAAAAUACAAUUCCCAAGUCAUCCAUUUAUAGCUCGAGUGUAAUUCAUUAUGCAUACACUGGCAAUGAAAACUCUAAUCAAGAAGCUUUUCAACAAAACAAUGAAAAUAAACUGGAUAAUGGCUCAAUGAAGGACGAUGUUCACCUCAAUUACCAAUCAAACAAUAAACCAGGAGCAUUAUCAACUAAAUUACCAGAUAAUCACAGAUCAUCCACAACAUUGGCCUUCUCGGGUGUACAAAAUGUUAACAAAUUACUUGGAAACAAGAGGAAACCCAAAGAUCCAUUUUUAAGAGGAUAGGCCAUUCAAAUCAUUCAAAAUAAUCAUUUUUACAUACAUUAUAUUCAAUGUUUUGUAAAAUGCUCAGAAUGUCAGCAUUUUUCAGUCCAGACUAUUUCAUUAUAAUUUAUAUUUCCAUUUUGAUUAAUUUAAACCAUUUAGAGUUUGUAUUUUCAAUAAUUUCUAGUCUUAUUUUUGUGAUCUAAAAACCAAGUUUACUAAAU